UGAAAAGCCAAAUUCUCGAGCGCUCUUUUUCUUGUCUGGCUACCCUAACUCUCUUCACACGCUACGCUACCACCAAAACAAACGGGAAACCGCAACCUGGCUACCCAUCUUUCAAGUUAUAAAAAGUCUUAAAACAAUGAUUCAUAUUGAUCUGCAUGAUCAAGAAAGAAUCGACAUUAGCCUGAACCCUAAUAAAUCCAAAGCUCUGCAGGCAGGCAUUCCUCUCUUUCCAACAGACGCAGCCAUGGAUCUUGUCUCAUCUUUGGAGUGCCAGAAAUCGGAUGCCCAGUCGGUGGGGCUGGAUAAGGACCGCUGCCAAAAGGACCUUUUCUGGCCAGAUAUCCCCUGCAUAAGCGAUUUAUCAAUCCGUGGCAAUUCGAUUGUCAUCAAUAAGAAGGGUGGCGGAAAGGUCCCUUGCCCGCCAGAGAUGGUCCCCCUUGAUCGCGAUACGUCUCCACUUUUGAAACCCGGCUGCCCAGUCGGGAACAAAGGUGAAGAACCUGUUGAAGAAAAAUGUGAACCUCCCAAGUCAAACCUCAGGGUGCCUACGUAUCCCUUACGUGAAUCAAAACCAAAGGCUGAUCCUGAUAGCACCUACAUUCCUUUCAUCCAGCUCCCUCGUCCUAUUG